AUGGCCGUUGCCAGGGCGCUUCGCACUGAAACUGGCUCAGGGUAUACUCUACGACUCGCGAAUCCGCGAGUGUUCGACAUGCUGGAAGAUCGAGUAAACUCGAGGUUUAGAGAGCUGGGAGCCUCGCUCGCGACGGACCAACAACGACUGACGGCGGCUGCUUCCGAGCUCGUGCAAGUCUACUACACGAACGGAGACCGACGCUUUGGAACGGUGGAGUUCAAGCGCGCGCAGUUGCUGCCCUUUGAAGAGACUGCGAUUUCUGCCACCAUUUUCUCCAUUGUCGAAGUCGGGGGGUUUCCUGACGGCCAGGACUCGCGAGUCAUCAGGCGGUCCGAGGACGCGUUCGCCAUGGACUCUCGCCUCACCGUUUGUCUGGAUGACGGCGGGACCCUGAAUCUCAACACGCACAGCGUGAUGAAGCGCUUUCUGACACCGACUGGGAUUGUGAUGCUGCUCGAGUCGAUAUCCGACUGGACGGCCGAUCUGCAAAACUCCGGAUGCUCGUGGACCCACACGACGGACGAGGGAGGCUGCUUCGCACGGACGAUAAAUAGCGUCGUCAUCCCGUCAUUUCGGGAUAUUAUUCAGUCUCGCCACCAGUUUGUAGAAAACGCACUCUUUGACUGUAUUCGGGGAUCCGACAGCGGUGGUAUCGGUGCAUGGCACUAA